ACUACUGACAUGCGUUUUGCUCCAUUUUCCUGCCCGGAGAGGGGCUCCUGGAUUCAGGGGAGCCAGGACAAGGACUUUUCCCUGAUGCUGCACGAGAGUCUACAGCCCGCCGUGUGCCUCCACAAAUACCCCCGCUCUCAGAUCGAGGUCAACGUGAUGAUCCUUGAGAACAGCGGCUCGGUUCUGGCCCACGCAGUCACGUGCGCUUCUCUAGCUCUCGCGGAUGCAGGGAUUGAAAUGUACGAUCUGGUGCUCGGUUGCUCCAUACGGCAGGAUGGCGCCUCUUAUGUGGUCGACCCCUCUUACAUGGAGGAGAACAGCUGCAGCUCGGUCAGCGGUGAGAACCAGGGCCGCCUGACUGUUGCGUUCCUCCCCAGCCUGAACCAGAUAUCUGGGCUGCAGUCGGAUGGAGAAAUGACUGAGGAGACGCUGACGGCGGGGGUUCGGACCUGCAUUGAGGGAUGUUAUAAACUGUACCCGGUCAUCCAGCAGGCCCUGGCCAAAGCUGUGCGCAGGGCCGCGCCCCCACCAUCAGAGAGCUGAGACUCAAUAACUGCUCGGGUUCAUUGUUUUUCUACUUUAUAAUUUCCAGCCCUGACUUUUUUGACAAUAUGUCUCUAUAAUUGCUAUUAUGUUGUUUACAUAAACACAAAUAAGACGGAUUUAACUGUAUUUUCUUAUUAAAUGAUAUACCCAUGCAUUUAUGUGUUUUAUUCUGCAUUUGAAACUUUGGGAAAUACAAGCAAGAGUGCACCUAGUUUAGUUCAGAAACAGAAAAAUAAAAUUAAAAAGUUUAAACAUUGUGCUGGAGAGGUUA